AACAUUCGCCUACGUCCUGUUGAUUGUGCCAAGAAGAAGCUCAGAUUUUCUGAGUUCAGUAUGACCACAACUUCAGAAGCAAUUGUGGGAUUUGAGAAUGAGACAGCAGAGCUGAUACAUCAACUGGUAUGGGGUCCGAAACAUUUAGAUGUAGUCGCCCUCGUUGGAAUGCCUGGAAUAGGCAAGACAACUAUGGCGAAGAGAUUGUAUACUCAUAAAGAUAUUAUCAGUCGCUUUGAUGUUUGUUCAUGGUGCACUAUUUCUCAAGUAUAUAGUAAGAGAAGGACAUUGCUUGAGUUAUUGGGUAAUUCGGAUCCUCUCAAUGACAACACAAGGAGCAAUGAUGAACUAGCAGAUGAGCUGCGAAGACAUUUAUUGAGAAAGAAAUACUUCAUUGUUAUUGAUGAUUUAUGGAGCACUAAAGUAUGGGAUGACUUAAAGAGAUGUUUUCCAGAUGAUUACAGCGGCAGUAGAAUCAUUUUGACAACUAGACAAGACAAAAUAGCUUCUGAUACUGAAGUUUUUAGUGCUCCUCGUCAUCUUCGUUUAUUCACAGAUGAAGAAAGUUGGUGCUUAUUGCAGAAGAAGGUGUUUGGAGAAGAAAGUUGCCCUCCAGAACUUGAUGUAGUAGGAGUGCAAAUAGCACAGAGCUGUGGAGGGCUUCCACUUGCAAUUAUUUUGGUAGCUGGUGUUCCUGCAAAACUGGACAAGGACGAAGUUCGUUGGGAAGAAGUUGCCCAUGGUUUAAGAUCAUUUAUUGCUGGUGAUAAGCAAAAGUACAUGGACAUAAUCAACUUGAGUUAUAGACUUUUACCUGGUCACUUGACGAAUGGCUUUCUUUUCUUUGGAAAACAUUUUGACAAUGACCUUUUGGUUUGAGGGUUGAUACAGCUUUGGAUCGCCGAAGAAUUUGCAGUAGGUAACGAGUUGAAGAGUGCAGAAAAUGUAGCAAAAGACUACUUGAAGGAGUUAAUAGAUAGUAACUGUUAGAAACCCAGAAACUUUGCUAACCUUAAUCUGUAGACUUCCAAACACAACACAGAAAUAAGAGCAACACUCCAACUAUUAUUUACUGCCAUCAAAUAGAAUAAGUUUUACAAAUAGAGAAAGAACUUCAUUACAUCUAACAACCAAGGUAUUUUGAGGAACCUUAACCUCCAAAUUUGCCAGAGAAAAACCUACAGAAAAAACUGCCCCUUUUUCCUUCUU